AUGAACUGGACGCAGUACUACCCUGCCUUCGCCGCCGAAGACGAGACCCCUUUGUCGGCUGAUACAACAGCCUCCGACGCCACCGCUUUAGAUGUCUCGAAACCUAAAACACGUAGUCUGAAGAAGGAGGUCGAAGUGGUGGACAUUGGGUGCGGCUUCGGUGGCUUACUUGUGGCAUUGUCACCGAUCCUACCGGAGACCCUCGUCCUCGGCCUCGAGAUACGCACUUCGGUAACGGAAUACGUUCAGGAGCGCAUCAAAGCGCUCAGAGCGCAGAACCAGGAGGAUGGUCUGUACCAGAACAUUAGCUGUUUGCGUGCCAACAGCAUGAAGUUCCUUCCCAACUUCUUCAAGAAGGCGCAGCUCUCCAAGAUCUUCAUCUGUUUCCCCGACCCACACUUCAAGGCGCGGAAACACAAGGCCAGGAUCGUAUCGACGACGCUCAACUCCGAGUACGCCUUUGCGUUGCGCCCAGGUGGCAUUGUCUAUACCAUCACCGACGUCGAACCCCUGCAUCAAUGGAUGGUUGGUCAUUUCAACACCCAUCCUUCUUUCGAGCGCGUAUCUGAGGAAGAGCAAGAAGCGGAUGAGUGUGUCAAGGUGAUGGCAUCGGAGACUGAGGAGAGCAAGAAGGUGACGCGGAACCAGGGCCAAAAGUACGUGGCCCUCUUCCGCAGACUGGAAGACCCCCCAUGGUGA